CAACUGUGAAAGAGAGAGUCAAGAACCCUUCCAGAAUUUGGAAUGUGAUGGAACCUCCCCGAAUGCUCCACACUCACUCCAACUCUCUUCUUUUUCUCUUUUAAUUCCUCUUUUCUUCUCCUCACUGCGCAAGCAACGUUAAAGUUCUCAUCUUCUUUAAUCAAUUAAUUCUCUCACUCUUCACUCUUCAUUUCAGCUCCCACUAACUGCUAACUAACACUCUCUUUUUUUCUACCCAUGGCUUCUACGACGUCGUUUCCGGGUCUCUCUUCACUUUCCCACUCUGUUCCAAUUUCAUGCAGCAGGAACCACCGUGCUCUUCUUUCUAAUCCCCGCUACUCCUCCCUUGCUUUCCCUUCAAAGCCCUUCAACCUUCUGAGAUCGCUUCCCAUCACCAAAAGGAACCAUUUUGCAAAUGGGUUUCGGACAACAACUCACAGAAAUCCCCAACGUUUCUCUGUUCGCUGUGAAGCUUCAAGUGGAAGGAUUACGCAGCAAGAGUUCACCGAAAUGGCGUGGCAGGCGAUAGUUUCCUCGCCGGAGGUGGCAAAGGAGAACAAGCAUCAGAUUGUGGAGACUGAGCACUUGAUGAAGGCUUUGUUGGAGCAAAAGAAUGGUCUUGCUCGCAGGAUUUUUUCCAAGGCUGGAGUUGAUAACACUCGGCUUCUAGAAGCUACUGACAAGUACAUUCAGAGGCAACCCAAGGUUCUAGGGGAAUCAGCUGGUUCAAUGUUGGGGCGUGAUUUGGAGGCAUUGAUUCAGAGAGCCAGAGACUACAAGAAAGAAUAUGGGGAUUCAUUUGUUUCAGUUGAACACUUCCUUCUUGGUUUUACCCAAGAUCAACGUUUCGGGAAGCAGUUAUUUAGGGAUUUCCAAAUAUCGCAGCAGACGCUAAAAUCUGCAAUAGAGUCUGUUAGGGGACGCCAGUCAGUUAUUGACCAAGAUCCGGAGGGGAAGUAUGAAGCCUUGGAAAAAUAUGGGAAAGAUUUGACAGCAAUGGCUAAAGCGGGAAAACUUGACCCAGUCAUAGGAAGAGAUGACGAAAUACGUCGGUGCAUCCAGAUUCUCUCCAGGAGGACAAAGAACAAUCCUGUGCUAAUUGGUGAGCCUGGUGUAGGAAAGACUGCAAUUUCUGAAGGGCUUGCUCAGAGAAUUGUGCAAGGAGAUGUUCCUCAGGCUUUAAUGAACCGUAGGCUUAUAUCACUUGAUAUGGGUGCACUUAUUGCUGGAGCAAAGUACCGGGGAGAAUUUGAGGACAGGCUAAAAGCUGUCCUUAAAGAAGUAACAGAAUCUGAGGGUCAGACAAUCCUUUUUAUUGAUGAGAUCCACACAGUUGUUGGGGCAGGUGCCACAAAUGGUGCUAUGGAUGCUGGUAAUCUUUUAAAGCCUAUGCUUGGUCGGGGAGAGCUGCGAUGUAUUGGCGCUACAACAUUAGAUGAGUAUCGCAAGUAUAUUGAGAAGGACCCAGCUCGAUAUAUCAGUGGAAGAUUUUUGCCUGACAAAGGUAAUAAUAGUCUAUGCAUUCCCCAAAGAUUAGUUUUAUAUGAGCAAUAUAUGCUUCUGGCUUAUCCUCUUUUUAUUACACUUCUAAGUCAAUUUUCUUUUCUGGCAUCAAUGAUGCUUAUAAUGUAUAAGAUGCUCACUCCUAGCUACUGCCAAAUUGCAGCUAUUGAUCUGGUUGAUGAAGCUGCUGCCAAACUGAAAAUGGAAAUUACUUCUAAACCUACUGCACUUGAUGAGAUCAACCGAUCAGUCUUGAAACUAGAGAUGGAGCGACUCUCUCUAACAAAUGAUACAGAUAAGGCCUCAAGAGACAGGCUAAAUCGUCUUGAGACAGAGCUCUCUCUUUUGAAAGAGAAACAGGCUGAGCUCACUGAACAGUGGGAGCAUGAAAAGUCAGUAAUGACUCGAAUUCAAUCAAUCAAAGAAGAGAUAGACAGGGUGAAUCUUGAGAUCCAACAGGCUGAGAGGGAGUAUGAUCUUAACCGUGCUGCUGAAUUAAAGUAUGGCAGUCUGAACUCCUUGCAACGGCAACUGGAAACUGCAGAGAAGGAGUUGGAUGAAUACAUGAGCUCCGGCCAGUCUAUGCUGAGGGAGGAAGUUACAGGAAAUGAUAUUGCCGAAAUUGUAAGCAAGUGGACAGGUAUACCUGUUUCAAAACUACAACAAUCAGAGAGGGAGAAGUUGUUGUAUUUGGAAGAUGUGCUCCAUAAGCGUGUGGUUGGUCAAGACCCUGCUGUUAGGGCAGUAGCCGAGGCAAUCCAACGGUCAAGAGCAGGUCUUUCGGAUCCUCAUCGUCCAAUCGCUAGCUUCAUGUUUAUGGGACCAACGGGUGUGGGAAAGACGGAGCUGGCUAAGACACUUGCUUCCUACUUAUUCAACACAGAAGAAGCACUUGUAAGAAUAGAUAUGAGUGAGUACAUGGAAAAGCAUGCAGUUUCAAGAUUGAUUGGAGCUCCACCUGGAUAUGUUGGGUAUGAAGAGGGAGGUCAACUUACUGAGACGGUUCGCCGCAGACCUUAUGCUGUUAUUCUGUUUGACGAGAUUGAGAAGGCACAUGCGGAUGUUUUCAACGUAUUCCUUCAAAUCUUGGAUGAUGGAAGAGUGACCGACUCGCAGGGCCGCACAGUGAGUUUUACCAACACAGUUAUCAUUAUGACCUCAAAUGUUGGAUCCCAAUACAUCAUCAACGCUGAUGAUGAGACCGAGUCGAAAGAAUUGACUUAUGAAACCAUAAAGCAGCGCGUAAUGGAUGCAGCAAGAGCUGUUUUCCGUCCUGAGUUCAUGAACAGAGUUGAUGAGUAUAUUGUUUUCCAGCCUCUAGACCGCGAGCAAAUUAGUAGCAUUGUGAGGUUACAGUUGGAGCGCGUGCAGCAGAGAAUUUCGGACAAGAAGAUGAAAAUCAAGGUGACAGAUGCUGCUAUUGAACUUCUUGGAAGUCUAGGGUAUGAUCCAAACUAUGGUGCAAGGCCAGUAAAGCGAGUAAUUCAGCAGAAUGUAGAGAAUGAACUUGCCAAGGGCAUUCUUAGAGGAGAAUUCAAGGAUGAAGACACAAUCUUAAUAGACACAGAAGUCACAGCAUUUUCCAACGGCCAACUUCCCCAACAAAAGCUUACUUUUAGGAAGAUUGAACCUGAUUCAGCAGAACCUUCCACUCAAGACAGCUUGGAAGCUUUUCCACAGACAUCUUGAAAGGCUUUAUAGUUUCCUUAUUGUAUCACAUGCUAAGUGUCAUAUAAAUUUGAGUGUAUAUUGGUUUUGUUAAACCGAUUGAAUAAUGAUCCUGGUAUAGUUUGCAUCAAACAUAUAGUAACAAAAUUGCUUAGUGACCAAUGAUCAAUACAAAUACCACACUUCAUAAUUCACAUUUGUCUCUCAAAAGUAUUGUAAAUAUUGUCUAAUAACAUAUCUACUGUGAGAUUAGUAAAUUAACCCAUCAUAAUUCAUGAUGUUAACGGUGCUAAAUAUGAACAA